CCGCCGCGGCUGUGCUGCCGCUUUAAGCUCCGCCGCGCGCUGCCUGGCCUCCUUCCCGGCUUCCUCCGGCAGCCGGAGCUCGUCCGGCCCCGGACCGCCCGCCCAGCGCGCCCGGGCUGGGCCUGGCCCCCCGGAGGCCAUGGAGGUGCUGGGGGCCCUGGGGGCCCUUUCCCUUCUGCUCCUGGCCGCACUGCUCCUGGCCUUCGGCAUUUACUGCGGCUACGUGCAGCGCGUCCACGCCAAGUACGACCACAUCCCCGGCGCCCCGCGCGAGAGCUUUCUACUUGGACAUCUGCCAAUCUUGUGGAGAAUGAUGAAGAAAAAUGAGUUCGUGCAUGAUCUCUUCCUGCAGUGGGCUGAGAAAUAUGGACCCAUUGUACGAUUUAAUGCUUUUCACAGAGUCUCAAUAAUGAUUUUGAGUCCUGAAGGAGUGAAGGAAUUCUUGAUGUCGCCACAGUACCCAAAGGAUCAACAGGUGUACGGUCGUAUCUUCAAUAUAUUUGGUGUGAGAUUUCUUGGGAACGGCUUGGUAACCGAUCGCAACUAUGAUCACUGGUACAAGCAGCGGAAGAUUAUGGAUCCAGCUUUCAGCCGAACCUACCUGAUUGGUCUGAUGGAAACUUUUAAUGAAAAAGCAGAGGAGCUGAUGGAGAAACUAGAGGAAAAGGCAGAUGGAAAAAAAGAGUUUAGCAUGCUGAUGAUGAUGAGCCGAGUGACUUUGGAUGUCAUCGCAAAGAUAGCUUUUGGCUUGGAAUUAAACUCGCUGAGUGAUGACCAGACACCCUUUCCACACGCUGUGACCAUGAUUAUGAAGGGAAUGACUGAGAUGCGCAUCCCCUUUGUGAAGUACAUGCCAGGAAAACAGAAAAUGAUAAAGGAGGUCCAGGAGAGUGUGAGACUGCUGCGCCGUGUGGGCAAGGAAUGCAUUGAGCAACGGAGAGAAGCCAUGCAGAAUGGGAAGGAAGCCACGGUAGACAUUCUUACGCAGAUACUGAAAGGAGAUGCUCUGGAGGAAAUUAGAGAUGAUGAAAAUAUUCUGGAUAACUUUAUCACUUUCUUUGUUGCUGGCCAUGAAACAACGGCCAAUCAGUUAUCAUUUACAGUAAUGGCACUGGCUCAGCAUCCUGAAGUAUUGGAAAGACUUCAGGCCGAAGUGGAUGAAGUUAUCGGUGCCAAGAGAGACAUCAGCUAUGAGGAUCUUGGCAAACUCAAGUAUUUAUCACAGGUUUUGAAAGAAUCGCUCCGACUGUACCCCCCCGUCCCGGGGACUGUACGCUGGACAAAAAUGGAAAAUGUCAUUGAAGGCAUCAGGAUUCCAGCGAACACGACACUCAUUUUCAGCACUUACAUAAUGGGAAGGAUGGAACAGUAUUUCAAGGACCCACUCACUUUCAAUCCAGACCGAUUUAGCAAAGAGGCACCAAAGCCAUAUUACUCCUACUUUCCAUUCUCUCUGGGACCCCGAUCCUGUAUUGGGCAGGUUUUUGCACAGAUGGAGGCGAAAGUGGUGAUGGCAAAAUUGCUGCAGAGGUUUGAAUUCCAGCUGGUACCAGGGCAGAGUUUUAAACUCUCGGAUACUGGCACCCUUAGGCCACUAGAUGGAGUAAUGUGUAAAUUGAAGCCCAGGAGCCUUCCGAAAAGCUUCCAGACGUGAUUGUCAGGAAAGGGAGUAUGAAGUGGCAGUGGUAGAGUUUCUUCUGAUUUUGAAGACUUCCCCACUAAUCAAAGGUUAGAUUUUGUAGGUGCCUUUAGAGGAUUACUAGACUGAAAUUUUUCCUAGUCUUCCACAUCAUUUAUUGAAGAAAACCUUAGGAGGUUUGUUCUAGAUAUGUUUGAACAUCUUUGAUCUGGAAGCUUGUCUGGAACUUGCAAAGCCUGUCUUUUUUUUUUUUUGCCGGGGACUAUCUGAUUGUGACCAGACUUUGAAAAGAACAUAUCUUCACUGGAGUAUCCCUGGUAGCUACACACAAACCUACAUCAAAUCCCAGCUGAUAUUUUCCACUGAUUUCACUUACAAUACCAGAUGGUCUAAGUAAAGGGCCUGCUUAGAGUUGUUUAGAACUUACUUAGUUCAAGGAGUUUCAUAUUUACACAGUGAAUCAAGCACUCAGUAAGAGCAUAAGGCUUGGGCUGAAUUCGGGAAGAGAAGUUUGAAGAUACUCUGUUGGUCAAAACAAUUUUUCCUCCCCUAUUCUAAAUAAGAAUAUGGAUUGAUAGAAGCAAUCUGAAACAGAAAUCACUGCUAUUGGCCACUAGUUUUUCCUGUUGCUUCUGCCUCAUUUUUCUUCAGUGUCUCCCACUUUUCUUCCAAUAUUAUUCAGAGUGUAGGUUCACAAUCCAUUUAAGCCAGUGCUGUCAAAAGAGGCUCUCUGCUUUUCUCCUACACUGCCCCCCACUCAUUCUCAUGCAAUGCUAUAGUUUUUAGAGGGGGUCUUGCUGAGUUCAUUUUAACCCAGAUCAGUCUCCGCAUCUGGCUCACCAUGAAGCAAUCUGAACGCUUGGACCAGACUGCUGUAGUAGGUACAGCAGCCUUGAAAGUAUGUGCCUAGAAGCAGAUGCUGCCUAAACUGACCUUGCCUCUGAAGAAAAGUGCACUGAACUUGAGCCAGAGGCAGGGAAACAUCCUGCACCCUCCUUUGCUGCUGCUGCUCCAGAAUUGCUCACUGCUUGCAGGCUUUCAAAGAUUCCAUCUCUGCUAGGGAAAAAAUGAUGUGUGAAAAUCCAAUCUUCCUGAAAUAUUUUGAUACCUAAUAGGAGUUUGGGCAUAAGAUCUAUCUUGAAAUAAAGGAAAUUCAGGACAUUCAA